AUGUUGUCGGGUAAUAUUUGCUUUCACAUUGAAGAUUUCGUGGAUGUGGUUCUCUGGGUUUAUAUUUUCCAAAAUAAAAAGCAGUCAGAACGAUGGCGUAAGCUUCGUAACAUCGUUCAGUGGACUCCGUUCUUUCAAACCUACAAAAAGCAGCGGUAUCCGUGGAUUCAGCUAGCUGGGCACCAGGGAAACUUUAAGGCUGGACCAGACCAAGGAACAAUAUUGAAGAAACUCUGUCCACAAGAGGAGAGGUGUUUUCAGUUACUGAUGAAAGACAUCCUUCGGCCGUUCGUCCCUGAAUACAAGGGUCAAGUGACAUGUGAGGAUGGAGAAUUAUAUCUGCAACUUCAAGAUCUACUUAGUGAUUUUGACUCCCCGUGUGUGAUGGAUUGCAAGAUUGGAGUCAGAACGUAUUUGGAGGAGGAAUUAGCAAAAGCAAAGGAGAAAACUAAAUUGAGAAAAGAUAUGUAUGAAAAAAUGAUUCAAGUAGACCCUAAAGCGCCGACGGAAGAAGAACAUAGAAGCAAAGGUGUUACUAAGCCAAGAUAUAUGAUAUGGAGGGAGACAAUUAGCUCGACGUCUACACUAGGUUUUAGAAUAGACGGAGUGAAAAAAGCGGAUGGUACUAGUUCAAAAGACUUUAAGACAACAAAGACAAGGGAACAAAUACUUGAAGCGUUUCAAGAUUUUACAAGUAGUUUUCCAAAUACAGUGCCUAGGUACCUGGAAAGGCUGAAAAACAUUCGAGCGACAUUAAUAGAGUCACACUUCUUCAGAACACAUGAACUAAUUGGUAGUUCGCUACUUUUUGUUCACGAUAAAAGGAGAGCUUCAAUUUGGAUGAUUGAUUUCGCGAAAACUGUCCCCGUACCAGAUAACGUAUCCAUCGAUCACAACUCCGCGUGGAAAGUUGGCAAUCAUGAAGAUGGCUACCUCAUCGGCAUCGACAACCUCAUUUCUAUUUUUGAAUCUCUCACUAAGAAUGAUAAUGGAAACAUUGAUCAGUGUUAUUCAAACUUAAGUCUGGAUAAAAGCGUCAGGAGAGACAGUUUAGCUACUUGA